UCUAUCCCGUCUCUAAAAAAUUUCCCCCAAAAAUCUCUCUUUUGUUUUUCUGUUAAUCACUACUCCCAAGUCGCGAUUACUGUUCAUCUCAAAGCUCAAAUCGCUUCUCCGUUCUUCUUCUUCUUCUCCUCAACGAGGGACCCAAAUGCCAACGGGUCAGCAUCAUGUCGUUAGGACAGAUACUUCGGAGUUAAAGUCUCAGCUCGAGAAGAAGAUUGGUCGGGCUAAAACCGAGAGCUAUCUUAAUCUCCUAUCCAAAUUCUUGAGCUUGAAAAUCAGCAAACCCGAUUUCGAUAAGCUAGUCGUCGCCACGGUGAAGAAGGAGAACAUUGUUCUGCACAACGCUUUGCUAAGAGGGAUUAUUAAGAAUGUAUGUCUCUCAAAGACAUCGAAUGGUGUUGAAGGAGUAGAGAAGAAGCAAUUGAAUGGUGUCAAGUCUUUAUGCAAUGACCUUCCUAAAUCGCCUCGUAAAGGGAGGACUCAAAGGAGGGUUAAUAAGGAUUGUAAUGGAAGCAAAGGAAAGAGUCAAGUCACUGAGGUUGUUUCUUCUAGUUUUAAACAACAAUGGUCAAUGGAAGAUGGUGAAGAAGUUGACCAGUUGACUCGGUGUUGGAGAAGUCAACCCAUUGAAGCUCCCUUUGGUGUUAAUCUUAGAGAUGUGAUCAAGAGAAGACCUCACGUAGGGACAUGUUACUCCUCUGGUGAGCUUCCUGAUUCUAUUUCUCUAAAGAAGAAAGUUGAAGAAGGCAUGGAGGGAGAAGGACUAGAGGUUUCAGCUGGUUUUGCUAACUCAUUGAACGCUGGACUCAAUGUCUUCUUGAAAAGACUAAUCAAACCGUGUCUAGAAUUAGCAGCUUCACGGUCUAGUAGCCGAGGGGAAGUAUCUUCUUCUUCUUCUUCAAUAUCUAUGGUAGAUUUUCAAGUAGCUAUGGAGUUAAACCCGUCGAUACUUGGGGAAGAUUGGUCUACAAAGCUUGAAAAGAUCAGGUUAUCUACACCAGAUUUUCAGACAAGCUAACUCUUUAACUAGAUAAAUCUGAUUCUUCCAUUGCAGAGUUUGUGUUGGACAUCAUCUUUAGGUUUUUGUGUGUGUAUAUAUGUCUUGGUGUUUAAUUGCUUGUUGCUGAUUUUAUAUGUUUAGGGUUUGAUUUUUUUUUAAACAACUUCAAUAAAAGAAAUAAGGUAAUAU